GCUGCUCGCCUUAGUCUGGUGCUGGGUGGCGGGCGAGGCGCUCCUGCCGCUGCGGUUGGCGGGCAUCGCGCGCCCCGCUUGGUUUCCCGGAGUAGUCGGCGGGUCGGACGGAGUUUAGCCCCCGCUCCCAGGCCUCGGGAUCGCGCGGCAUGGGGCCCGGAGGCGGUCGAAGGAGCUCGCCGCUGCCGCUCUGCUGGCUGGGGCUGCUGCUGGGACUGCGUGGCGGGGCAGGAGCUCUGCGAGGAAAUGACAAUGGCGAAGUCCUUCCAGAGUCUAUCCCAUCUGCCCCUGGGACACUGCCUCAUUUUAUGCAAGAGCCAGAUGAUGCAUACAUAAUUAAAAGCAAUCCUAUUGUGUUGCGCUGCAGAGCUGUGCCCGCCAUGCAGAUCUUCUUCAAGUGCAAUGGGGAAUGGGUCCACCAAAACGAGCAUGUCUCCGAGGAGAGCAUGGAUGAAAGUACAGGCUUGAAGGUUCGGGAGGCAUACAUCAAUGUGACAAGGCAGCAAGUGGAGGAUUUUCAUGGCCCGGAGGACUACUGGUGUCAGUGCGUUGCAUGGAGCCACCUUGGGACGUCAAAGAGCAGGAAGGCUUCAGUCCGAAUUGCCUAUUUACGGAAAAACUUUGAGCAAGAUCCCCAGGGGAAGGAGGUUCCUAUCGAAGGGAUGAUAGUACUACACUGUCGGCCACCAGAGGGAGUUCCUGCAGCUGAGGUGGAGUGGCUAAAGAAUGAGGAACCCAUUGAUGCUGAACAAGAUGAGAAUAUUGACACACGAGCAGAUCACAACCUGAUCAUCCGCCAAGCCCGCCUGUCUGAUUCUGGGAACUACACCUGUAUGGCAGCAAACAUUGUUGCCAAGAGAAGAAGCAUGUCAGCCACGGUUGUGGUGUACGUCAAUGGAGGCUGGUCUUCAUGGACAGAGUGGUCUAACUGCAACGUUCGCUGUGGCAGAGGGUGGCAAAAGAGGUCACGGACCUGCACAAACCCUGCUCCUCUCAAUGGAGGUGCUUUCUGCGAGGGCAUGUCCGUGCAGAAAAUUACCUGCACUUCCCUGUGUCCUGUGGAUGGUGGCUGGGAGCUAUGGAGUGAGUGGUCUGUUUGCAGCCCAGAAUGUGAGCACAUGAGGGUCCGUGAAUGCACUGCUCCUCCGCCAAGGAAUGGUGGGAAAUUCUGUGAAGGUCCAAGCCAAGAAUCGGAGAAUUGCACGGAAGGUCUUUGCAUUCAAGAUAAAAAGCCUCUUCAUGAAAUAAAACCCCAAAACAUUGAGAACGCAACCGACAUCGCCUUGUACUCUGGCCUUGGUGCUGCCGUCAUUGCAGUGGCUGUUAUUGUCGUUGGCGUGACACUCUACAGACGGAGCCAGAGUGAAUAUGGUGUGGAUGUGAUUGAUUCCUCUGCCCUGACAGGAGGCUUCCAGACAUUUAAUUUUAAAACUGUCCGCCAAGGUAACUCCUUGCUUUUGAACUCAUCCAUGCAGCCUGACCUGACCGUGAGUAGAACCUACAGUGGACCCAUUUGCCUUCAAGACCCCAUUGACAAGGAACUUAUGACGGAAUCAUCCCUCUUCAACCCUUUGUCUGACAUCAAGGUCAAAGUUCAGAGUUCAUUUAUGGUCUCCCUGGGUGUGACAGAGCGAUCGGAGUACCAUGGAAAAACUCAUUCAGGGACAUUUCCGCACGAUAGUAACAGAACCUUCAACACCAUCCAUGCAAAGAACAAAGCCGCGUAUAUCCAGAAUCUCUCAUCGCUUUCCAAAAGAAGUGAAAUGAGAGCCACAGGUGUAUUUGGCCAUCAGGGAGGACGUUUAGGAAUACCCAACACAGGUGUUAGCUUGCUGAUUCCACAUGGAGCUAUCCCUGAAGAAACAUCUUGGGAGAUUUACCUUGCCAUCAACCAAGAUGAGUCCAGCUUGCAACCAGAAGGCAGCGAAGUCCUCCUGGGUCCAGAAGUAACAUGUGGUCCUCCAGAAGUGACAGUCUCCACCCCAUUUGCCUUGACAAUACCACACUGUGCAGAAGUAAACUCUGAGCAUUGGAAUAUCCACUUGAAGAGGAGAAAGCAGCAGGGCAAAUGGGAGGAAGUGAUGUCAGUGGAAGAGGAGACAACUUCCUGUUACUGCUUAUUGGAUCCGUAUGCUUGUCACAUUCUCUUGGACUCUUUUGGAACUUAUGCUCUCAUUGGACAGCCGCUCUCUGACUGUUCCAUUAAAGAACUGAAAGUAGCAGUCUUUGGCUGUAUGUCUUGCAACUCACUGGAUUACAGUUUGAGAGUAUACUGCGUGGAUAAUACGCCAUGUGCAUUUCAGGAAGUGGUUUCAGAUGAAAGACACCAAGGUGGGCAGUUGCUGGAAGAACCAAAGCUGUUGCAUUUCAAAGGAAAUACCUUCAGUCUUCAGAUCUCUGUCCUUGAUAUCCCCCCUUUCCUCUGGAGAAUCAAACCAUUCACAGCAUGUCAGGAAGUUCCGUUCUCUCGCGUGUGGCGCAGCAACCAGCAGCCACUCCACUGUGCCUUCUCACUGGAACGCUACACACCUGCCACCACGCAGCUCUCAUGCAAAAUCUGUGUCAGACAAGUCAAGGGCCAUGAACAAAUCUUGCAGAUCCAGACAUCAAUUCUAGAGAAUGAACGAGAAACCAUCACUUUCUUUGCACACGAUGACAGCAACUUUCCUGCUCAGACGGGCCCACAAGCCUUCAAGAUACCAUACUCCAUUCGGCAAAGGAUAUGUGCAACGUUUGACACACCCAGUGCCAAAGGCAAAGACUGGCAAAUGUUAGCACAAAAAAACAGCAUCAACAGGAACUUGUCGUACUUUGCUACACAGCGCAGCCCAUCUGCUGUCAUUUUGGACUUGUGGGAAGCCAGGCAUCAGCAUGAUGGGGAUUUAGACUCUCUUGCCUGCGCCCUGGAAGAGAUAGGAAGGACACAGGCCAAAAGCUCUAACCUUACAGAAACUCAAAUUGAGGAGUCCAACUUCAGUUACAGCCGACAAAAUGGACUUUAGUCAUCACUUUCCUUUCGAGAACUGAGAGCUGGCUUGGACUUUGUACUUGAAGGAGGAAAUAGUGCAUUAUAGUUCACCCCCUAUAUUCCAUAGAAUGGUUCACUCCCUCGUGCCAUCGGCCCAGUUUCCAUUUGGAGGUACAGCCGCAAGUGGUAAAGCACAACGCUCUCUGUGCAAUUGUUGCUGUCGGGAAAAGAAAUAACAUUUCGGCCCCACCACUGAAGGUCAAAUUUGGGUAUUGGAAAUAAGGGUGAUUUUUUUAAUGACACAAAAUGUGUAGGAAGAAAUGCUGCUGCGACCAAGAGAGUAAGAGGUGGAAAAUAUCAAAUGUUUAACAAUACGUACACUUCUCAACCCUUGCUGUUUCUGUGUUUUGGAUUAUUUCGCUGGUUCUUCUCUGUUGCUUCGUGACUUACUGUUUAGUUGUAUCUAGGAUGAGGCACCCUGGAAUCUAGCCUAGGAUGUUGUCAUGCAGAGGGCAUAGCUCGCACAGGUACGUGAAAUCUUUCAGUGAGCAUCAAAAGGACAGGACUGAGGAAGCUGCCUUGAUUCAAUGCUGUGUGUUGACAGCGUGAUUCAGUCCCUCUUUGGAUAGUUCAGAAAGUGUUCAACUCUUUCUUCCUGAGGCAGUGUGCCUGACAAGCUGAAUAAAUACCUAUGUAAAGCAGCUUUGAAAAUGGAUGGAUGGAUGAAUGAAUUGCCCUACUGCCUUGAAAACAAGUUGUACCUUGGUUGCUUUGCUUUUUAAGGUGACAUUUGAGGUGAACAUUGAAACCCACAAACAUUUAGGCCUUCCCAAGCAGAAAUGUAUCUGACUGACAUCUAGAAUAUCAAAUGUGGCAUCUAGAACAUCAAAUGUGACAUCUGGAAUGAUGUCACAUUUGUAGUACAAGCAUAUCCAUGUUAGAGCAAGUUCACUUAGUUGCAUUGAAAAACCGGGAUUUGCACAAGAGUGCUAUAAUGAUUAAAGUGAUAUAGUGCUCUUGCACAAAAGUGCCCAUUAAAACAGUUACACAGUUGUGCAGCUGCUUCACAGCCACAAGCAUAUGUGCAGUAGCACAACAUUAGCUGCCACCACAGUUUCACAGUAGCCCAUGUCCUCCCACAAGCACUCCAUUGCUCUUAAUAUCAGCCUCUUUCAUCUUCAAAACAGAAAAUUGUGUACUAAUUGUCUUUGCCCCCUUUUCUAAAAUAGUUAUCCCCUUUGUUUGGCUUUGCUGAAUUUUUGUAUUCAUUGGCUGUAAACAAACCCCGCCCUCCCAAAGCCUUACAGUGAUGUCUCACAACAGAAGUCAGAGUACUGUAGAAAUUGCAAGUUGUUGUGCAUGCAGCAGUAAAGCAAACCAGAUAUUGCUCAGUAAUGCCUUAAUGAACUAUUAUGAGGAAAGGCCAGAGCAUUAUGGGAAAUGUGGAUUUCUGUUAAGACAAAGCAUACCAAGCCAUAUGGUUAUGCUAACAUCAAAAAUAGCUGCCUCUCAAAAGCUUUCACUGCAAAAGCAUGAUGGGAAUUGUACUUUGCAGCAAUUAUUGAAAGCACCCUAGAGCACCAAAUGAAAGAAAAUACCAUCAAAUAAUCACUGGUUCAUCAGCUCAGAAAACCAGAUGAGCAGCCUGACAAAUAAUAGCUACAUACAGAGCAAGAAUGCACCAGUGCAGCAAGAGAACAGACUUCGCAGAACUUCCCAGCUAACUGCAUUAGUCCAUCAUUUGAAUGCCCUCCCAUUCCAUAGGAAACCCUCUGUGCCACCCUAAAACAUGUCCCUGAGGUUUAUGCAGCCCUCAGGGACAUAUUCAGGUGGCACAGACGACUUCCUGGGAAGGGGGGCAUCAAAAUGCAGUCAGUCAGGAAGUUCUUGUUGCCUGCUCUCUUGGUGCACUGGUGCACCCUUGCUCUAUAUGUCAUCCCACGUUUUCCCCCAAUCCCACAUUAUUUAAUUGGACAUCUGCUGGCAAAAACCUGAAACAUGUCCAAUUUCUACCUAUCAAAUCAAAGAUUGUCCCGUCACCAGUUCAGCUUGUGGCAUGAAAGUGUCAGACCCUUUGGCAAGGUUGUGCUGUAUGCCACGCAGCUGUGGUCUCUUGCAAGCAACAAAUACUGUAUCAGCUGGGCACCAGCUGACAUAAAGUUAACCUUUGCUUCUGCAUUGAUACAUAAACAAAACAAAUGUGACCCCAUUUCCUGUCCCAUUUGUAUUUUUGCACAUAGGAUGUGGAGAAUCCAUAUGAGAAAAUUCACUGAUGUUUCUCCAUGGGAGGAACCCUGAAAUUCUCUCUUGAAUUUCAUUUUGAAGAAGCAUUAGUUCCAAUCCUAUGUACCUGAAUAUGACCAUUGGAUGUUCAACUGACUUCAGUAUUUAAAGUUAUCAUGUACUUCCCUUCAUUGGAGCUAGGGUCUUCAAAUUUAUGUAAGUGAAAAUGUAUGGCUUUCUGUACCUUUCAUAGAAGGAAGGCUUAGGGAAGCCACCUAGACCUUUCAGACUCUAGGACUGAAGUCCACAUGAAACACUUUUUAUUCUACUCUUGGAUAAGCAUGUCCUUUCCCACAUGAGAGACCUUGUUCCUGGACUCCUCCAUGCUUUUAAACAUGCUCAUUUUUUUUCCCCCAGAGGCAAGUGGGCAUUAUGGAAGUUGGUGUAUGAUCACGCCAACUUCCAUAUUGGAUGAUGCCUUUUAUAAAGGAUCCAAAGAGCAGAUUUGCCCAACAAUUACUGUGCUACCAGGGACAAAGUAUACACUUUCCAUCCAUUCUUUCCAGGAUACCUCAUGUUCCCUCUUACAUUCACCCCUGCUGGGUGGAACAGCAGUUCCUAGAAGUGCUAUGUCAAGGGCAGCAAUGAUCUGCCUUGUGCUUUCCCACCCUUGGUGAAGACCUGUCAGGAUAGAGGGAUGCAAUGAUGUGGGUGCAAUACCCGACUCAUGCUAUACCAAAUCAUACCACACAUUUUCAGUCAUUUGACACUGCCAUAAACUAUACCAACCAGCUGGAUGGGAGGGUAUCCCAAGCUCGUAAACUUAACCAUUCAUCAAAACUGUUCAUAAACUGUUUAUCAAUCUGAAGCCAUCAGCCUGGUUUCUGAUUUCAUAACUUAAUGGUCUAGCUCAAAAAAGCAACAACAUGAUGAAGAUAUGUAUAAAAAAGCCAGAACACUUAAAAAGAUUUUAGUAUAUAUUUAUAAAGUUAGCCCCAGUUUUCAGAGUUCUGUGAAUUCAGGAGGUAAACUUGGCCAAGAAUGAGAUACCGCAUUAGGAACAAAUUAGCCUUUCUCAGGUGUAUCUCUUUGUAGAUUCUUUACUGGCUUAAACUCUUCUAGAAAACAUCAAAAUGCUUAUUUCUUUUCUGUUGUUUAGAUGGGAAUGGUCAAAGUGAUUGUGUUCCAUAUGCUGGCUUCCAUCAUGAACAAUAAAUAUUUAGUUAAAGCA